UCCAUGAAGCACCCGCUGUCACAAGGCUCCCCCAGAAGCCCCCAAACAUGGGAGUCUGGCGAGGAGCCCCCCGACCCCACCAGUGUCCCCCGCAGCCUCUGCCUGCACUGCCAGGAGCAAGAUGCCUUCUUCAGCCUCUUGGAAGACACUGUGGUGCGGGACUUCCUCUCCACGGAUGUCUUUUGCAGGGUCUCUGAUAAGUACCUGUUGGCGAUGGCACUGACGUACUUCAAGCGCGCCGGGCUGCCCACCAGCGAGUACACCCGCAUCAACCUCUUCACUGCCCUGUACCUGGCGAGCGACAUGGAGGAGGACGAGGAGCAGCACAAGUACCGCAUCUUCCCCUGGGCCCUGGGCCGCCGCUGGCGCCGGCUCUUCCCGCGCUUCCUGCGGCGCCGCGACUGCCUCUGGGCCCGCAUGAGCUACCGCGCGGCCGUCAGCCGGCUCUGCUGCGAGGAGGUGAUGGCAGCUGCCCCCCAGCACUGGGCCUGGCUGCGGGAGCGCCCCCCCCAGCACAGCGGGGCCACGCGCCCCCACCACCGGGGCGAGCAGGAGGAGGAGGAGGGCGACGGCUUCAUCCUCGGCUGCCCCAAACCGCACUGAAUUGGGCUGAAACCGGCCAAAAGUGGGGCCUCUCCGUGCCCCCAAUGCACCUUUUUGUUCAUGUCCCCCCCCCCGAGGGGUUUUAAUGCUCGGUUGUGGUAAUUUCCCCCCCUAUUUAUAACCAUGAUGGAUAAAAUUCACCCCAAAUCACUUGUUUUCUACUCGGUGCCUGAUCUUUUUCCUCAUUUCUCUUGGGUUU